ACUUCGGGCGCAGGCGCCGUAAGCCCCGCCCCCACUUCCCCCCACGCGCCGCGCGGUCUGCCAGUCCGAAGCUGACGUGGGCAUGGAGCCGCGCGCGAGCCCCGCGGCUGAGCCCCACGGCCGCGCGCGGACCCUGGUGCUGUUCCGCGGCCCGGUGGAACCUCUCGUCUUCCUCGCCAACUUCGCCUUGGUCCUGCAGGGGCCGCUCACCACGCAGUACCUCUGGCACCGCUUCAGCGCGGAGGUUGGCUACAAUGGCACCCGCGAACGGGGCACCUGCAGCAACCACAGCGCGGACCCCAAAAUGCAGGAAGUGGAGACUCUUACCUCCCACUGGACUCUCUAUAUGAAUGUGGGUGGCUUCCUGGUUGAUCUCUUCUCAUCCACCCUGCUUGGUGCCUGGAGUGACUGUGUGGGCCGCCGACCCCUGCUGGUACUGGCCUCCUUUGGUCUGCUGCUUCAGUCCCUCAUCUCCAUUUUUGUGGUGCAGCUGGAGCUCCACGUUGGCUAUUUUGUGCUGGGCCGCAUCGUGUCCGCCCUCCUCGGUGACUUUGGUGGCCUGCUCGCUGCUAGCUUUGCCUCCGUGGCAGACGUCAGCUCCAGCCACACCCGCACCAUCCGAAUGGCUGUUCUGGAAUCAUGUAUCGGGAUAGGGGGGAUGCUGGCCAGUCUCCUCGGAGGCUACUGGCUGCAGGCCCAGGGCUAUGCCAACCCAUUCUGGCUGGCCAUGGCCUUGCUGAUAACCAUGACUCUCUACGCAGCAUUCUGCUUUGGUGAGACUGUGAAGGAGCCGACACGUACCCGGCUCUUCACACUCCGUCACCACCGAUCCAUUUUCCAGCUGUACAUGUCUCCUGCUCCAGAGAAGUCCAGGAAGCAUUUGGCCCUGUACUCAUUGGCCAUCUUUGUGGUGAUCACUGUGCACUUUGGGGCCCAGGACAUCCUGACCCUCUAUGAGCUGAGCUCACCCCUCUGCUGGGAUUCCACGCUGAUAGGAUAUGGUUCUGCAAUGCACCACCUCACCUACCUCACCAGCCUGCUGGGCCUGCGGCUUCUGCAGUAUUUCCUGGCCGACAGCUGGGUGGCAGAGAUUGGCCUGGCCUUCAACAUCAUGGGGAUGGUGGUCUUUGCAUUCGCUAACAUCACACCCCUCAUGUUCACAGGGUAUGGGCUCCUCUUCCUGUCUCUAGUCAUCACACCUGUCUUGCGGGCCAAGCUCUCCAAACUGGUGAGCCAGUCUGAGCACGGUGCUCUCUUUUCUGCUGUGGCCUGUGUGAAUGGCUUGGCUAUGCUGGCAGCCUCCGGCAUCUUCAACACGCUCUACCCAGCAACCCUGAACUUCAUGAAGGGGUUCCCCUUCCUCCUGGGAGCUGGCCUCCUUUUCAUCCCAGCCAUACUGAUUGGAGUACUGGAAAAGAUGAGUCCUCGCCCUGAAUUCCAGCACUUUCCCCAGAGCUGAUCUGCCUGGGCCAGAGGACAAAGGGCAGGUGGAGCCAAGUGAGCACCGCCGCGGCCGAGCGGAACUCACCAUCUGGGAUCCUGGUCCACAGCAGCCCCGCAGCCCCUCAAAGGGCAGUGUUCUCCUGGGACAAGGUGGUCAAGCCAGACCAGCCCCUGCCUCUCCCCGCACUGUGUCAGCCAGCGUCUCAGAUCUAGAAUUGUAACGCAGACAGGCCUACUCCUGGGUGGAUGGUGGGGGAGCCACUUGUUAGAGGGGUCCGCUUACCCUUACACCAUCUGUCAGCCCUCUGGGGAGAGGCUCAGGUAGAGGUAAUGCUUGGAAAGCACAAGGGCUGGCCUCUCCGCCUUCGGCCAAAACUGCACGACUCACUUUGCUUAGUUCCUAGCCCGCAGCCCCUGUCAUACCGGGUGAGAGUAUGGUACCCAGGGAGUACCAGCUCUGCGGGGAGGGAGGGCUGAGGGGUCUGGUGCCCUCUGGUGGCUGGGGGGAAGAGUGCUGCUGUCUCUGAGGAAUCAGUCCUUGACUGUAACCUGCCCACCCUGGGCUUAGCAGUGCCAAUCAUAAUAAAUCAGUAUAACCAC